GAAAACAUUACGGACGGUGAGUGUGGACCGUGUCAGGAAAAAUAGCUUCUUGGAUUUUUUUUUUUACUCCAGGGUUGGAAUACUUUUUUUUGUGGUGGGGGGGGUCUACAUGUUUUGUUACAGGAACAAAUCCAUGUAUCUGUCGUCUUGGAAUUGAGUUGUAGUAAUCUUCACGGAGCUUGUUUUCUCACCUGGGAGGACGCCGAGUCCCGUCAGCUGGCGGUCGGGAUAACUAUUUCCGCCGUGUUGUUCGUGGUAUGACGGCUAGCUGAUAGCUGGGACCGCUGCAAUGCUAGGUGGUAAUGAGCCAGAUCGCUUUUUUAGCUGAAACAGUUUAAGUGGAUAUUAAAAGGUUGUUCGAGACAAAGGAUACGGAAUACCUGGUUUUUGUAUGAUUCUGAAACGUUAUUCUUCACUACAUUUACCAGCAUGCACAGCGGCAGAUGUGACAGCCACCGAGGCAGAGAUUCCACAAGCCUUCAAUGUGUUUGUUCUGGAUGUUUUUGAAGGCAUGUCUCCUCCACCGCGAGAGAAACCACUGACUUUGGAUUGUCCCCCGUUUUCUAUUUUUCGGAUCAAAUAUUAACUAUGUGUCGACGCAGCCGCUUGGAUUUGUUUGGAUACAUUUAACACUUUGAAGUGAGUCGGACGGGAAAAUCGACAAAAAGGAGAGACCAGUAAAACAUAAAGGAUCCUUUUCCCCCUAAAGAAAUAUCAUGGCCUCUGUGUGGAAAAGAUUACAACGAGUGGGGAAACACGCGUCCAAGUUUCAGUUCGUUGCUUCCUAUCAGGAGCUGAUGGUGGAAUCCACGAAGAAAUGGCAACCAGACAAGCUGGUAGUGGUGUGGACUCGCAGGAGCCGACGGAAAUCCUCCAAGGCUCACAGUUGGCAGCCAGGCAUCAAGAACCCCUACCGAGGAGUGGUGGUGUGGCCUGUACCGGAAAACAUAGAAAUAUCUGUCACACUCUUCAAGGACCCCCACGCAGAGGAGUUUGAAGACAAGGAGUGGACGUUUGUCAUAGAAAAUGUGAGUACACAUUACCUCUCCCAUCACGUAUGCUGGACUGGGCUAGAUGGACUGGGCUAUAUGGACUGAGCUAGACAGGCAAUAUGGACUGGGCUAGACAGGGCUAUAUGGACUGGGCUAGACAGGGCUAGAUGGACUGGGCUAGAUGGACUGGGCUAGAUGGGCUGGGCUAGAC